AUGGCUGAGAGUUCACUGCCGCGGGAUUUGAAGAAGGGAAAGGCCCUUGUCACACCUGAGGUGUUCCCCGAAGAUUCGGACGAGAAAGUACCUUUCUCGGCUAGGAUCCUAAAUGAAAGAUUGCCUAAAGGUUAUAGAGCCCCGUCAAUUGAAGAAUAUGACGAGAGUAAGGAUCCGGAAGAGCACUUGAGGAAAUUCAAAAAUGCAGCCCUGCUGCACCAAUAUAGCGAUGCUGUCAAAUGCAGAGUUUUCUUGAACACUUUAGCUAGCUCAGCCUUAAAGUGGUUCGAUGGGCUACCUCAAGGGCCCAUUACCUGUUUUCUGGACUUCAAAACGGCUUUUCUGCGACGAUUUGCUAGCAGCAAGAAGUAUCAGAAGACAGAUCAUUGUCUUUUCACUCUGAAGCAGGGGCCGACUGAGCCCCUGAGAAGUUAUAUCAAUCGCUUUAAUCAAGUGGCUCAAGAUGUCCCCACUGCCACUUCAGAGAUUCUGAUGAGCACCUUUUCCCAUGGAUUGGGAGAGGGAGAGUGGAAGAAGCACAAGCAGCUCGGAGGAAGGCCGAAAGACCACUUCCUUCCACCAACAAACAAGAAAGAAGAGCGUCUCAACCACCCCCUCAACCUCUACCGCGAGUCCGGGAAGCCAGACCUGCCUUUCAUCCCGGGCCCGAAAUUCGACCUGCCCCUCGAGUUGCUGCUGUACAUAUCCCCUGACCAGGGCCAGGGAUUCGCUCGAGACUCCAAGCGGGCUGCCGAGAUGGGAUUGCCUCCGCCCGAGCUAGCUCCUCAGUUGAUCAAGAUGAUGGAGGAACAAAGGGGGGCAGGACAGGUCGGACAACCUCGUCCCGACCUCGUAGGACCUAGCACUCAUCAGCCUGGCUGGGGAAAAGAGCUAGAAGGAUCACGAGAGGUCGAGAACAGAGGCAAUGCAGCUGUCAGAGAGAUCGGCAUGAUCUCUGGAGGGCCGACUGACGGAGAUUCAGGGAGGGCACGUAAGUCUCAUGUCCGGCGCUUGGAGGUUUAUGCCGUCGGAUGCAGUAAGGAGCAAGCUGCCGACCUUGUUAUUAUCUUCGGGCUAGCAGACCUGGAGGGCCUGGAGUUGCCUUAUGACGAUGCACUCAUCAUCAAAGCCAUCAUUGCCAAUAGCCGAGUGGCUCGGGUUUUGGUCGACACUGGGAGCUCGGUCAACAUUUUAUUUAGGACUGCAUUUGAAGAGAUGCAGAUUGAUGCUGUUGAACUUCAACCAGUAGCUACAUCUUUAUAUGGAUUCACAGGCAAUGAAGUGAAGCCUAUGGGUUAG